GGCACUGGUAAUUUCAGAACAAAUUGUUGUGAUGAGGAGAUCUAGUGGAAUCUGAUCAGAAGUUAGAUUUGAUGUGAUUCAGAGUUAAAUCUGCCCAAGCAAUCACAUAGGCUACAGUUUAAAAGAUGCUUCAGUACGCCACAACAUACAAGCACACAAACAGAUGUGACUUAAGGGACGAAAAUAGGCGCUCUUUCGUCCACACAUGGACGGGCAUGUGAGAUGGUCAUGUGCGUUGAACACGUCAACAACAAAGCCGUUCAGCCAAUCAGUGUCUCAAUCUCCUUCUGCCCGCCCUGCUCACCCUUUCCCGUCAGACUGGCUCGUACUCAGCUGGUGCAGUCCGUGCUGUUUAAGUGGUAAGCGAGUGAGAUCCAGCCGUGGGAACAUGACAGAGGCUCCGUCUGUAGCUGCGGAGGUGUCCCGGAAAAGAGGCGCCGAGCCCGGCCCGCUAACCGCACAUGCCACGGAAAGGAAAAAGGCCUGCUGGGGCAUUCUGACCAGCCAAGGGUCCUGGGCAGAUCGCUCCCCUCUUCAUGAAGCAGCUUCUCAGGGUCGCUUGCUGGCCCUGCGAACACUGCUGGCCCAGGGAUACCAUGCCAACAUUGUCACUAUCGAUCAUGUGACCCCUCUACAUGAAGCCUGCCUGUCAGGACAUGUUGCAUGUGUCAGAGCAUUAAUACACGCUGGAGCUAAUGUGAAUGCUGCUACCAUCGAUGGUGUAACUCCUCUGUACAACUGUUGUGCCUCUGGGAGUGUUGGUUGUAUGGAACUUUUGCUGCAGAAUGGAGCACACACACACACACCACACACACACUUCCCCUCAGCUCUGCACGAAGCCUGCAAGAGAGGUAACAGUCAGUGUGUAGAGUCUCUGCUGUCUCAUGGAGCAGACCCUGACUAUGAAGUAUCCCAUUUGGGCUCCCCCCUCUACGUGAGCUGUCUACACCAGCACACAGCCUGCUCAAAGAUUCUGCUACACAGAGGAGCCAGUGUUAAUGUAGGCAGAGGAGGUGACAGCCCACUCCAUGCAGCUGUCAGACAGGACAGUGCUGAUCAGGUGUCAGUGUUACUGGACAACGGCGCUGAUGUUAACCUCAGAGACAGCAAUAACCAGCGACCUGUGGACCUAGCGCCUCCUGGUGGAAAAACACAACAGCUGCUAAUGUUAUUUGAAGUUUCUCCGAGGAGUCUCUCCCAGUUGUGUCGUCUACAGAUUAGGAAUCUGCUUGGCCGAUCCAGACUGAAGCUUCUCCCCCUCCUCCCUCUCCCUUCCCUGCUAACUUACUACCUGGAGCACACAUAGGAUAAUGGGCGCACCUGCUGCAUGACAAUGAGAGGCAACUGAAACUCAGAUGCCAUGUCUUGAACUUUUAAAUAUGGGAUGUGCUAAGCCCUUUAUUAACCACAUUUCAUGUUAACAUAUCAUCACCAUGGUUUAAACUGUAUGGGUAAGUUUGAUUAUUACAACAUUAUUACAUCAAACAAUACUGAACAUUUACUUUGCUGUAUAGUACUCUGGUACAUUGCCUUUGUGUUACAAAAUUGCCACAAUCUCAUUUUAAAUGUUUAUUCUAUAGGACUUCAUACUUUCCCUUAUCAGAUGAUUGUCUGACUGAUAGUGACAGCUAAUCUAAACUGUGAGCUCAUUCUGGCUCUAUGUGUUGGUAAAGCACAAUAUGUCAUUUUGUGAAUAUUGAAAAUUAUUUUACAUUGGAACAAAAUGUCCCUCAAGUAUCUGUAUGUAUAUAUAAAUACCAAUAAAUGAUCUGUGACAUGACCUCAGUGACCUGUCCAGCAAGCAGCCAGUCUCACAGCAGUGAGCAUGGAUGAGGGUUACACUUAUGUUUUGCUAGUAGCCUGUUUAUUUGAAUGCACCUCAGUCUCUAUCAUUACACUGUUUGUGUAUUGUGUCAACAUUUUCAAAAGCUAAUUUAUCAAGAGAUUCAUUAUGUGAAUGAUCAAUUGUGGUUGAGUGCAGGAUUAAAAACACAUUUAGUGAGUAGUUUUGGAAGACUCUCAUAAGGUAUAAGAAGUAGUCUACAAAUUGUUCUGCUGUGAUGUUUGACGUGUUGUUAAGUGGUGGUUUUCCUUAAGCCUUUUGUCUAAUGGCAACGUGUUAAAUUACGUCUGAGGCCUACUGUUAGGUCUGAGAUGUUCUAAAAUUACCUGAACAUACCUAAUAUCCAAAUGCCCCUCAUGCAAUAUUCUGUGUCGAAAUUAGCAUCGGAGUUGACAUAGACAACUCUCUACAACCAUUUAUUAUUAUUUAUUAUUAUUAUUAUGCUUUGUUUAUAUUAAUAUCAUUUUCCACAUCCACACUGCCUGUUUAUUCUUCAUUACUGCAUAUUAAGUUGUGUGUGUGUGUAUUCC